CUCCCUCGUCGUCUGUCUCUCUCCUUGCAUUCUCUGCGCACCUCGACGCACGCUUGGAGCACCUCACGUCUGCCUACUUCGCCUCUUCGCAUCGCCCUCGCACUUGUCCCCAAGCACCGAGCUUCUGUUCUCUUCCGCCAUGUCGUCGCCCAAGCCCGAUGAGGUGGCCAUGGAUGUUGCCGCCGACGAGGCAGUCGAGGGCAGCGCCGCAGGCACCGCCAAGAAGGGCAAGCUGGUGCGGCCGCGCGGCAAGCGUGGCGGUGCCAAGAACCGCAAAGCAGGCGCAGUCGACGUCGAGGCCGCGGCCAAGAAGGCCUCCAAGUCCGCCUCCUCCGAGGGACGUAGCAUGGGCGCACUGGCCAUUGCGCGCUACCAUGCGCUGGAGAAGGAGGCACAUGCAUCCGCCACGACUGCCGCUCGGCGCGCCGAGAUCGCAGCGGAGCAGGAGGCGCUGGGUGGGCUGAAGGCAUACCAGGAUGCCAGCAUCCGCGGCGGCGAUAAGCAGAAGGGCGGCGAGACGGGGAAAUGGCUCGCCGAGACGCUGGCCAAGGUGCGCGGCACCGAGGAGUGCCGCAUUCUCGACGUCGGCGCCAUCGCCGGCACUGCGUACGCCAAGUUCCCCUGGGUCUCCGACACGCCCAUCGACCUCAACCCACGUUCCGCACGCGUGAUCCGCGCCGACUUCUUCCAGUUCCCGGCGCCCGACAUGGACGAGGAGCAGGCGCUGCAGGCCGAGCAGGCCUUCCUGCUCAAGCAUGCAGAGAAGGAAGAGGAGGAGGAGAGGGAAGAGAUGGAGAUGGAGGGAAGAUGGAGAGGCAAGUAUGAUGUGGUGGCGCUGAGUCUGGUGGUCAACUUUGUCGGCGACCUGCGGGAACGCGGUCGCAUGCUCCUGCACGCGCAUUCCUACCUCAAGCCCUCCGGUCGCCUCUAUCUCGUCCUUCCUCGCGCAUGCGUCUCCAACUCGCGCUACCUGACGCACGAGCGGCUCACCGCCAUCCUCGGCUCGUGCGGCUGGGACGUGGAGCGGCAAGACGACAGCAAGCGCCUGACGCGCUGGCUGUGCACGCGCAAGGAGCGGGUGCUGAAGAGCUUGAAGAAGGGAAAGGAGUGGGAUGGCAAGGUGUGGAAGAAGGAGGAGGUGCAUCAGGGCAAGGCACUGAAUGUGAGUUGGAGAGGCCGAGAGACGUCCUGUGAGGCGUUGCUGCGCUGGCACAGUCGCCCGGGCAUGUCAUACGCACGUGAGGCUCAUUCGCUGACGCAUCACAUCGCCUCUCUCGCCUCCUGCCUCUCCGCUGCCGCGCAUGCGCUACUAGAACUUCGCCAUCCUCGUCGGCGGCACCUCGAGCUGAGAGCGGCAGCUGGGAGCUGGCAGAUGGGACGGAGCGGGUGAGAGAGGUCCGCGCCACGUGCCUUCUCUGUGGGUUCGAGACGAGGGAGCGAGAAGAGGAGUGGAGAGUCAGGGCGUCGCACAUGAGAGCGCUCCCAAUGGCCUCUUGCUGCUACGUCCACAGCGGGCAAGGAGGGAGCCCAAUGUCAUUGGAUCAUCCAUCGCGCCCAGCCUGUGCCCUCGACACUCUGGCCUCAGGCGGCAGAUAAGCCAGCCCGAGCGUGUCCAGGAUCAUCUCCUCGUCUGCCUCCGCACAGAGACGCCGCCAAGAUGGAUGGUACAGAUCCUCGCGUGGCUUGUCCUGCUUCGCCAUCAGCUCUGCUUGCGGCGGGGUGGUGCCACUGGCUGAUGGCGGAUCUUGCGACGAGGAAGCGUCGGACGGAGAAUCGAGGCCGAGUCCGCUGUCAAAGUCUGGUGGCAAGCCCAUGGCGCGAUUCCGCUCGCGUCGAGCUUCGAGCGCUGC